CAAAUCGCAAGUGCUUGCAAAGAUCUGUGCCGUGUGUAACGAAUAUAAUAAACAAACAACGGAUUCAUUGAAAGACUGCAGCUGAUUGCUGAGUUUGACAUUCGCAAAGUCCAAAAGUGGAAGCUCGAAUCUUUCGAUACGCAUGGAUGCACGAGUAAUUAUCGUUAUAAUUAUCGAGCAGCCAUAACGUGCGUAUAAUAUAGUAUAAUAUUUUUGGAUAUAUACCCCAAUAGAGCGUGUAAAAACGCGUGCGAGCGAGGAGUGCGGCGAGUGGCGAGGAAGCUUUCAAGUUUGAAAUUUUUUUCAGACGUCUGUAACAGAAACAAAAUCCAUUGUCACUAUUUAAUAUCAUUCCUGUGCAUUUAUAGAUAUCAUCCCUUUAGAUUUUAGGUGAAACUUGUGAAAGCGUCGAGAAUAUGUGACAUUGACAGGAUUCAGGAUUACGUGCGAUUAUGUAAGUUCGAUCGCUCGUCCGAUGGAAAAAGAACCACCCGCAGGUACCGCGUCCACGGUCCACGUAUGUACGGACGUCGGACGGUAUUGUACGAUAAAUUUCAUCAAACAUACAAAGAACGGGCAUGACGAACCGUGUAAGCCGUAACAAGGCAUAAAUGCUCAACCCUAGGAAGAACGACUGAACGACGGCGACGACGUAUGGAAAAUGAUAACGGCAAAGACGUGGUCGAUGAUUGAACAUCAUCUUAACUCGAUGUUCCCCAGUUCCCAUGUUCGCGAGUUUACAACGGCCUACCAGCGACCCAGCCAGUACAUACAGGGCUACAGGGGGAUACAGGAUACAGCAUGCCGUACGCCGUACGCCGUACUGCGCAAUCCCAUAGUGGCGGCAGUGGCGAUAUUUCUUCUCUACGCCUCGUUCAGCUUUAGUCGAGCAAAUCUUCCUCGAGGAUAUUCCUCUGGACCAUUCGGAAACUCGAGGCAGAGGCACGCCUUCUCGUGCGCACCUCUCGAUUCGGCGUCCGCGUCGCAGAGUGCCCUCGACCCCCUCGGGCCAGCUCAGCCAGCUGUCGCUUGCGCGUUGAAACCCGUAUCGCGCGCGGCCGAUGCCGAGAUUAUCAACCUGCAGCCGGGAUCGGCGAGACUACCUACCUACGUUAAAGUGUCAGCGCCUUUGUUGUACAAGCCUUUACCGAGGACGUCUUCCUUGGUGUACGUUGCACCGCCCAUUGUCAAAUCCGCGUCAGCUAUCGUGGCUACGGAACCGAAGACGCUGGAAAAAGAUGCUCGAUACAUGGCAUAUCCCAAGUAUUCCUUCAAUUAUGGCGUGAUCGAUGGAUAUACUGGCGACUCUAAAUCAGCGUGGGAAGAGCGAGACGGAGAUACGGUUAAAGGCGAAUAUUCGGUGGUCGAAGCGGAUGGAACUAUCCGUACCGUUUCUUACACGGCGGACGAUCGUAAUGGCUUCAAUGCGGUUGUGACUAGAAGCGAGCCUCCAAAGAAUACGAAAUCUGCAGUUGAAGUAAAAACAUUCGUACCUGUUGCCAUAUUUGCUAGGGACAGACGUAAAAUUUAAUGUCAGCGCAAUCCUCACGUGCUUUUCCUUACAUGCAAAAUAUUACGCAUGUCUUGAUUCCGUUUGCUAUUUUCAAUGCAAGAUACAUCGAUAGUUCUUUUGUGUUCUGCGUUCUGCAUAUGCUUGAGAGAAUACGCGUAUCUCUCUUUUUCUCUGCUUUAUUUCAUUUUUAAGUGACACACUUGUACGCAAUGUAUCACACCCACGUUACAUUAUAUAUAUCGCGCGUCUCAUGUCUGAGAUUGAGCUUUAUUAUUAGUCUAUUAUUAGGGUUGCUACCUCUCCGGGCCGGCUUUGACUCGGAGACUCCAUCUGGUUUCGGAAGGCUUGUGUUCGGAUUCCGGCUUGUGUGAAAUGUAAAACAACUUACCUGAUUUUUAAUUAAAAAAAAAAAGGAAAAUAAAAUGGACAAUUCCCUGAAUGGCGAGUGAAUGGCGUUGGGAAAAGAAAAACUGAGAAGGAUCAAAUUAGGAUAAAUGGGUUUCGAGCUCGAUGUGUAUCUUACAAGACUGCGUUCAGUAUGGAGACAGUAACUCAGUGAGCGCUUUACGGAUUAUUGUCUGUGACUAGGAUAUUAUUCUUCUAGAUUCUUUUUGAUGGAUCCAGGGGAGUAUAUAACAUUCAAGGGCGUUUUUAAUAAUUAUGAUUUAAUCAUUAUUUAUACAAUUUAUAUAUUUUUUGUUUGUUAACUACCAGAAUUUUAU